AUGUGGAGCUCUUUUUUCCCUUCCACCUCGCUGCGGCUUUUCGCCUGCACUCAACCCUUCCCUCUUAACGACCUACCUGACGAUGUCUUAGCUCGCGUUCUCCACUACGUCACGCGCCGCUCUUUCGACCACGCUUUAGUCUGCAAACGCUGGUACCAACUUUCCUGCCUAGGCCGCACCUACGUCCACGUGUCACACGAAAUUUCCACGCAGAAGCUCCUUAAGUCGCUCGCGCGAUUCCCGCUUCUUACGCACCUUAUAGUCGCUGACGGAACAGUCUAUGACGCGGAUGACCUGCUCCUCUGCGGAUUGGGUGUGACGUGUCCCAAUCUCAAUCUCCUCCACGUAGGCUACCAGCAGCGCACGCGCUUCAGCGAAGCCGGUCUGUCCAAUCUAUUUCGCGGCUGCCCGCGGCUCCAGGUCAUCCGUCUCCUCUCCUACCGCCGCGUCUCCGCCCUCCCGCCCACCAUCAACCUCCUAACGCAACUCGAAGCACUCGAACUCGGUCAGAGCGAGCACUUAGGUCAACCAUCUGUCAGCACCCUCUCUCGCUUCACCUCCUCUCACUGCAACCUCUCCCUCCUCUCCGCCCUCCGAACCAUCCGCAUCUCCAGCCGUUGCUUCCAUCAUCUCCCGCCGUCCAUCGGCGAUCUGCCCUCGCUGGAGCACCUCGAGAUCCACGCGUUCGACCUCUUGAUGCUGCCCGAAACCCUAGGCCGCGUGGGGACGCUCCGCGUGCUCAAACUAGAAUCGGACCGCCUCACAUGCCUCCCGGAUUCCCUAGGUGGCCUAUCCAAUCUCGAGGAACUCCAUCUAUCCCAGUGCGCCGCGCUAACCGCGCUCCCGGAUUCCCUCGCGGAACUCUCCCGCCUUUCCCGCCUCCGCCUGAGCGACUGUAGCGCGCUGCAGAUUCUCCCGGCCGGCACGGCGCAGCUGACCGCACUAGCAACCCUAGAAGUUGUCCGAUGCGAGAGGCUAGCCUCUCUCCCUGAAGACCUAGGGUGUCUAGUGAGGUUAGAGAGUAUGGAGCUGAAGCAGCUGCCGAGCCUGGUAGGGUUACCAGAGUCGAUAGGCCACCUGGGGGGGUUGAGAGUGUUGGAGGUGGAGGGGUGCGAUGCGUUGCGGGAGGUGCCUGAGUCGUGGGCGCAUCUGUCGGGGCUGGAGCGGCUGUGCGUGAAUGGCGCGCGGCAUUUGACCACCCUGCCGCCCUUCCGCGUUGCUUCCUCUGCGCUGGGUCUUGGCGGUGGGAACACUGCUGGCGGGCCGAGGGCAGGGGGGGCGGGUGGAUUCGGUCGGUCGGAGCGGCGUGAGCAGCAUGAUUGGCGUGAGCGGCAUAGGUCACUGGAUGAACUGUCUCUUGAAGACGCGAGUACCGCUGGUGAUGGUGGUAUUGAGGCAACGGCUGCCAGCACACUGUCCAGCCUUCAUGCGCACGCAACCGCAUUAUCCACCACCGCACCCAGCAGCAGAACGAGCGUAGCAGCUGCUGCUCCUGCUGCUCCUGCUGCUGCUGCUCUAGGGUCUUUGACUUUCCGCGUCCCGACCCUCCCUCUUACCAAUCCCCCACCGCUCUCCUCCACCCUUUCCUCUCUCCGUUUUCUGGAGAUUUCCGACUGUUCUUCGCUAAUUUCCCUGCCCGAAGACCUCGGGCAGCUUCCUGCCCUCGACACGCUCCUCCUGCUCAAGCUCCCGUCCCUCGAACGCCUGCCCGACUCUCUCGGGCAGCUGCCCGCGCUGAAAGUUUUCGGCCUGUCGCUCUGCCCGCGCCUGGAGGAGCUGCCCGUUUCGAUGGCGAACCUGCCCGUGCUACAGUGCGUGGUGAUACACGACUGUUGGCGAUUGGCGUCCCUCCCUCCCAACGCGCUGAAGCAGUGGGAAACCUUAACGGAGCUGAUUAUAGCGGAUUGCCCUGCUCUAGACGACCUUGGAUUAGAUACAUCUAAAGCUUACCGUGCCGCUCACCUCCGUAUUUGCAGCACCGCAAACUUCUUCAAAGCAGCCGCUGAUUGUCUAGCGCAGCAUGUGGUGGUCGUGCCCGACCUUAGCCCGGAUCUGUUCCGCGGAAUCAAGGUGGCGAGGCUGCUAGCAGCGGCGCCCUUCCUGCUGGCGUUCCUGCUGGCCUCGCUCACCUCCCCCGUGCUCAUCCCCGUCUUCCUCCUCGCCGCUGCCGCCAUGCUCUUUGCCUCCCUGCUCGCCUCCUGGGUGCGCAGCAGGGACGACGGGGGGAACACGCUCAGACAGGUGACAGCAGCGGUUCAAAGGGGAGCGGCCACCCUGCGAGCAGCAGUGACAGCAGCAGCAGCCAAGGCGGUCCUAGUGGCCACCAUGCUAGUGGCCCUCAUCCACCUCUCCCACCAGCUCUCGCCACAGCAGGAGGCCACUGGCGUGCACCGCUCCCUGCUCGCCUUUGUCUCUCUCCUCUCCUUCCUCCUGGGAGGUUUCUGCAUGGCGCUUGCUGCGCACGCUGCUGUGUGGGUGUCUGUUCCGGCGGCUGCCAGGAUUGCUGUUGCUGCCAGGCGAUCCCCCCAAGAGGCCCUUCAGGUUGCAAUACGGGCAGCGGGGGCAGCAGCGCUGGUGGUGGCAGCGGUGCCGGUGGUGGGGCUGGGCAUCAACUACAGCGCCCUGCUCGCCUUCUUCCACAUGCACCUCGCCCCGCUCCCCGCCUCCCUCGCUGCGCAAAAACGACGAGGCCUCUCCACCUCAGCUGGCGCGGCGGCUACUUUGGGUUCGGUUAUGGCUUCACCAGGACUUAAGCCCACGGAUUUGCCGGCGUUGCUUGUCUGCUUCUGCUUCGGGGCGGCAGUGGUGUCUCUAUUCUACCAACUUCCGCCGUCCAUCUUCUCCCGCUCCUUGGCUCUGGGCCACAAGCUUAUAUCGAGGAUGGACAGAAGCGCAUCAGAGGCAGCAGGAGGGGGCGCCAACGUGGUUGCUGUUGCUGACAUGGUGGGCGUGGGCAUGGCGAGGUGGGCAGCAAGGGCAUGUGAGGCUUUCUGCUUGGCAGCAGCAGAGGCAGUGGCGUCCAUGGUGCUGGGGGCACACGUGGCACAGCACUGCGCCAUUGACAGUUCUGUAUUUGCGUCUCGGUUAUGGUUACGGUGUGACGCCCGCCCCCAUUCUCCCCCCGCCCUCUCUUACAAAAACACCCUUCCAGGCUACCAGGUGGUUACUUUUCACGGAACAAGCCCCCCUCGCCUGGCUCCAUUUCUUCUUCUUGUGCCCUGCUCGGAAUGCUCUGCUCCAUCCUCCUCCUCUCCUCCUCCUAAUGUUCCCCUGCACCGUCCCUUACCCAUCCAAAUCACCUUCUUCACAUACGUACCCCUCAUGCAUUCCCCCUCCCUCUCUCUACUACCUACCCCCAACCCAACCCUGGCAUGCCCCAUCCCCCCACCCUCCCUCACCCCAUCCCCCCACCCUCCCUCACCCCAUCCCCCCACCCUCCCUCACCCCAUCCCCCCCACCCUCCCUCACCCCAUCCCCUCACUCUCCCUCACCCCAUCCCCUCACUCUCCCUCACCCCAUCCCCUCACUCUCCCUCACCCCAUCCCCUCACUCUCCCUCACCCCAUCCCCCCACCCUCCCUCACCCCAUCCCCACCCUCCCUCACCCCAUCCCCCCACCCUCCCUCACCCCAUCCCCCCACCCUCCCUCACCCCAUCCCCCCACCCUCCCUCACCCCAUCCCCCCACCCUCCCUCACCCCAUCCCCCCACCCUCCCUCACCCCAUCCCCCCACCCUCCCUCACCCCAUCCCCCCACCCUCCCUCACCCCAUCCCCCCACCCUCCCUCACCCCAUCCCCCCACCCUCCCUCACCCCAUCCCCCCCACCUCCCUCUCACCCCAUCCCCCCACCCUCCCUCACCCCAUCCCCCCACCCUCCCUCACCCCUCACCCCCACCCUCCCUCACCCCAUCCUCCCCCACCCUCCCUCACCCCCCAUCCCCCCACCCUCCCUCACCCAUCCCCUCCCUCCCUCACCCAUCCCCCCACCCUCCCUCACCCCAUCCCCCCACCCUCCCUCACCCCCCUCCCCCCACCCUCCCUCACCCCAUCCCCUCACCCUCCCUCACCCCAUCCCCCCACCCUCCCUCACCCCCAUCCCCCACCCUCCCUCACCCCAUCCCCCCACCCUCCCUCACCCCAUCCCCCCACCCUCCCUCACCCCAUCCCCCCACCCUCCCUCACCCCAUCCCCCCACCCUCCCUCACCCCAUCCCCCACCCUCCUCACCCCAUCCCCCACCCCUCCCCCUCACCCCAUCCCCCACCUCCCCCACCCUCCCUCACCCCAUCCCCCCACCCUCCCCUCCCCAUCCCCCCACCCUCCCUCACCCCCCAUCCCCCCACCCCCCUCACCCCAUCCCCACCCUCUCCCUCACCCCAUCCCCCCACCCUCCCCUCACCCCAUCCCCUCACCCUCCCUCACCCCAUCCCCCCACCCUCCCUCACCCCAUCCCCCCACCCUCCCUCACCCCAUCCCCCCACUCUCCCUCACCCCCAUCCCCCCACUCUCCCUCACCCCAUCCCCCCCACUCUCCCUCACCCCAUCCCCCCACUCUCCCUCACCCCAUCCCCCCACCCUCCCUCACCCCAUCCCCUCACUCUCCCUCACCCCAUCCCCUCACUCUCCCUCACCCCAUCCCCUCACUCUCCCUCACCCCAUCCCCCCACUCUCCCUCACCCCAUCCCCCACCCUCCCUCACCUCAUCCCCUCACUCUCCCUCACCCCAUCCCCUCACUCUCCAGGCCACCAGGUGGUUGCUAUUCACGGAGCAGGCCCCUCUCGCCUGGCUGCAUUUCUUCUUCUGCGCGCUCCUCGGCAUGCUCUGCUCCAUCCUCCUCCUCCUCUCCUCCUCCCUCCUCUCCGCGCCCCACCCCCCCCCGUCCGCGCCCUCGCCAUCUCCUCCUCCUCAGGCCACGCCUCUAACAUCUCCUCGGGACUCUCCCUCGGGAUUGCCACCGCCGCGCCGCCAGCUGUCAUCGUGGGAUUGGCCGUGGCAGCGGCGGUGUGGCUGGGGAGGAAUUCGGGGUUGGUGGAUGGGAAAGGGGAGCCGGCAGGGGGACUGCUGGGGCUGGCUGUGGCGGUGAUGGGCAUGCUUAGUAGUGGAUGCUUCUCCCUCACCACUGAUUUGUUUCAGCUGGCUGUUUCGCAUGCCGGCCUGCUGUGUAAAAUGAUGGCGCAGGUGGGUGAUGGUCAACCAAGGGGCAUGGGGUGUGGGGCCUCGUCGCUCUGCUCUCUGCUGCUCGUGCAUGCGUUUGUGGCACUCGUCUCCUCCUAUUCCAGCACCGCGUUGCAUAAC